UGAUGAACCAAAGACGAUCUGUUAGUCUCGAAUCCAAAAAGCAUCUUACCAAUUCAACUUUUAGAACUACUUAACUCUCAACUCCUAAAUAAGACUUAAAUACCUACAAACCAUUUUCUCCUUCAAAAGAAGCCAAACUCUAAUUAUUCAGAAAAAUUUUCCAUGUGAAACCAACCAAAACUUCUACAGUUAUGAAUUUUUAUGACGUUGAUACUGUUACACCUGUGGUGUGUUAAUCAGCAUAAUUGGAUAAGUAUGACUUCCCUAAUUGGUUAAAAGGAAGGACAGAUUUCACUAAGCUUCGAAAAUCUAAAUAUUUCGAUUAUCAUCUUAAAGUCUUUUCAAUCUGUGAAUAAGAGUAUGAAUUUGAAAUAUAAAAGUCCAUUCAAGAGAUCAGAAGAGUUGAAAGAAAUCGUUGCUAAUUAUCUGGUGAAACUAGAUUUUUUUCGAUUGAUGCCUAUGCAAAUGUUGAAGCAGAUAUCUGGUAGAUUGUUUGCAAAAUCUUAUGAGGAGAAUGAAAUUAUAUGUAAUAAAGGUGAUAAAGGCGAUUGCAUGUUUGUAAUUUUUGAUGGAUUUGUUGAAGUAAUAGGAAAAAAUAAAAAAUUGGGACCUAAAAAUAUAAUAGGUAGAAAUGCUUUAGAUAAUGAUUAACCUAGAAAUGCUACUUUGAAAUCAAUUGGUUCUUCUCAUCUACUAAUCUUAAAUCGAAUUGAUUAUGUCACAAUCCUUAAUAACAUUAUGAAAUCGGAAAGUGUAAAAUAGGAACAAUUUAUUAGAAGUCUCUAAUUAUUUGCCCAUUUUUCGGAGGAAAAACUAAAAAAAUUUUGCAAUGCUCUUUAAGGCAAAUACUUAACUCCUAAUGAGAACUUAUAUAGUGCUGGUGAUUUAGUUGAUCAUCUUUAUAUCGUUAAACAUGGGGUUCUGGCAAAGACUGUAGUCAUGGACUUAGAAGACUAAAAUAGAUGGCCAAUAGUAAGUUUUUGUUUAUCUCUAGAAUUAAAAAAAGUGGAUGAGUCAAACCAUCACAAGAACAUUAUCAUUUAAUAUAGAAUAUAAAGCUGGCUCAUUAGUUGGUUAUUAUGAUAUUUUGGAUUCUGAAUUUGAUUCAGACAGAAAAAGAAAUGAAACCAUUGAUGCGAAAACAGAUUGCUUCUUGUUGUUCAUAUCUAAAUCUUAAUUUUUUCAUGGUACAUGUUAUUUGAUCAUAAAUAGUAUUUCAAUAAACUGAUUUGCAAUAUUUUCAUAAUUACCAUGUAUAGAAUAAUCCUUUGACAUUUGAAUAAUUGGUUAAAAGCACAAGACAAAAGGAAAGCGAAUAAAAAUAAAAAGUCUAAAUAGUAACAGAUGCAAUUUAUUCUCAUCUAAGAUAAUAUUCAUUUGAUUAUAACACUUUAAAGAUUAAGGAAAAGAAAUACGAUCAGGUUAAAUAAAAUUAAGUUAAUGCUUCGAAAGAAUUUAAUAGUUAAUACAAAAUAAUAAGGAGGGAUAAACAUCUCAAAAUAUUAACUUCGCAAUAUGAAUGA